AUGAACUGCCAAAGAACACUACUCAGAGCCGCGAGGGCUAGCCCUCGGCUCAACGUCCGAGCCUUUUCAAACUUCCCCAUCUUCCCCAUUGGAGGAGGAGGCGGCGGCGGUAGCAGCAGCAGCAACAACAGCCCACCCGUCGGAAGCAUCCCCAUGCCUUACAUCACCGAGGUCUCGUCCAAUGGCUGGAGGACAUCCGACAUCUUCUCAAAGCUAUUGCAGACCCAGGAACGGAUUGUGUGCCUCAACGGCGCCAUCGAUGAUACCGUCUCCGCCUCGAUAGUCGCACAACUGCUGUGGCUCGAGUCCGAUAGCCCCGACAAAGCCAUCACAAUGUACAUCAACUCGCCCGGCGGCUCGGUUUCAUCAGGACUCGCAAUCUACGACACGAUGACAUACAUCAAAUCGCCCGUGUCGACAGUAUGCCUCGGUGCCGCGUCCUCGAUGGCGGCGCUGCUGCUGACGGGUGGUGAGGCCGGCAAGCGGUACGCGCUGCCGCACAGCUCCGUCAUGAUCCACCAGCCGCUUGGCGGCACGCAGGGUCAGGCGUCGGACAUUCUCAUCUACGCGAACCAGAUCCAGCGCAUUCGCCGGCAGAUCAACGAGAUCAUGAAGCGUCACGUAAACAAGUCGUUCGGCCACGAGAAGUACAGCCUUGAGGAGAUGCACGACAUGAUGGAGCGCGACAAGUACCUGACGGCCGAGGAGGCCAAGGAGAUUGGCGUCAUUGACGAAAUCUUGACACAGAGAGAGGAGAAGGACCAGAAGGAAAAGGAGUCAACCGACGAGCUGAAGACGAAGCCUUGA